UGAGAAGAAACAUGUUUUAGAAUUGCUUUGUGCACAAAUCGUAUUGUAAUGGGUUCAAACAUUUUUAUAAUUGUAAAAGAAAAUCAAUACUCCUUUAAGUGUAAUAAUUCAGAGGCAACUUAGGGCCUACACUGUAUCUCGCGUACGGCACGCGUUCAACGGCAGAUUGAUACAUAAUCUGUCUUAUUGGAAUGACCUAUAUUGUGAUAAUGUAAUUGUUUGUGCUACUAUGACGGUAUUUAUCAUGAAGGCUAAGAUAACGAUACUAAGCUGGGUAAAAACUUCCUUACCAACUUCGGCACACUUCUUCCCUUCAAUUCAUAUUGCAAACAAUUGAAAUUAUGAUGGUUUACAACCUGCGGCAUCUAUGAUUAUAAAGAGAACGGAGCUGUAAUGAAGAGUUGACGACUUAUUUCAGAUUUGAAACACAAUGAACACAGAAGCAACGGAGAGCACAUUGUACACGGUGAAGGAGAAUGUAGCGGUAGAACCCGAAAGACGAGACAGUCUGGAUCAUCGAGAACAUUUUCCCAACUUUGGGCAUCACAUUGUACGUCAGUUCAACAAUUUAUGGACAAAAGAAACGGCAUUACGCAGGCUCCCAUUUUUAAAAUGGGCACCAAAUUAUAAUCUUACUAGUCUGGUAUCUGAUAUUAUUGCCGGCAUUACGGUUGGUCUUACAUCUAUACCCCAAAGUAUCGCCUACGCCACCGUGGCCAACCUGGAACCCCAGUAUGGAUUAUACUCGAACUUCAUGGGGUCGUUUAUUUAUGCUUUCCUAGGAUCUGUCAAAGAGAUCACGGUCGCCCCAACUGCCGUAAUGGCGUUGAUGGUUCAACAACCUGUGCUGGACCUUGGACCAGCUGGGGCCGUUUUGUUGUCAUUUUUAUCAGGAUGCAUCAUGCUCCUGCUGGGAUGUUUCAACUUUGGAUUUGUGGUGCAAUUCAUAUCAAUGCCAGUGAUCACGGGAUUUAUUACAGCUGCUGCAAUAACCAUCAUCAGCAGCCAGCUGAAGUCUUUGAUGGGAAUUUCCUCUUCAGGAAAGUCUUCUGGGUUCGUCGACACUUGGAUCAAUCUGUACGAAAACAUUGGCGAAACACGGCUUUGGGACUCGGUAUUAGGAUUUAGUUCGCUGACGCUACUGAUUCUUUUGACGCUCAUUAAGGGACGCGGCAAAGGGGCUUGGAAAAUAUUCACAAAAUAUAUCUGCUUACUGAGAAAUGCCAUGAUCGUGCUGAGCGGAGGAUUGCUCGCAUAUAUUUGUAGCACUCAAGAAAAGUAUCCUUUUAGACUAACCGGAAAAGUGGCGUCAGGCCUGCCCUCAAUACAACUUCCUCCGUUUGAAACAGAGCAUGAUGGCAAACAUUACGACUUUGGUGAUAUGUUACGCAUCCUUGGAUCGUCUGUGAUUUCGAUUCCUCUCAUAUCUAUUCUCGAAAUCGUAUCAAUAGGAAAAGCAUUUUCGCGUGGAAGGUUAGUAGAUGCAACACAAGAAAUGCUUUCACUUGGGUGCUGCAAUGUGGCAAGUUCCUUCAUAUCCUCCAUACCGACAACCGCUUCGUUCGCCAGAUCCGCGAUUAACAGUAGCAGCGGAGUAGUUACACCAUUUGGUGGUGUAUUUACGGGAGCAUUGGUUUUGCUUGCGCUCGGACUGCUGACAGAUUAUUUUUUCUACAUUCCAAAAACUACAUUGGCAGCAGUCAUCAUUGCAGCAAUGAUAUUCAUCAUUGAGUAUCGAGCUGUAGCAGAAAUGUGGCGUAUUAAGAGAAUGGAUAUGGUGCCCUUUUUAGUAACAGUUAUAGCAUGUCUGUUUUUGGGCCUGGAAAUUGGAAUUGUCGUUGGCAUCGCUGUCAAUUUAUGCUUCCCUCUCUAUCUAACAUCUCGUCCUAGAAUUACCCAUCGUAUUAUGAAUGUCAAAGAAGCAACCGUAUUGAUCAUUCGUCCUGAUAGCGACCUUGCGUUUUCAUCGGCAGAAUAUUUCCGCGAGAAGAUCCUUAAACUAGUCACAAAAACCUUACCCGAUAUUGUGUUGAUCGAUGGUGAAUGGGUCAAAUUUGUGGACAGUACAGUAGUCCGAAAUUUGUCUAGCACCGUUAGUGACCUCAAGCAACAAGAACGGCAUGUGCUACUUUGGAGGUGGGAUAGGAAUGUGCGGAAUGCUCUUUAUCGCUUUAAAAAAGAUAAAUUUAUGCCAUUGUUCCGAAAUGACGAAAGUGCCGAAAAAGUGAUAGAAAAUUGGAAGCCAGGAUUUGUAAACGAUUCUUUUGUCAAUAAUGUAUAAAAAAUCACCAUUCUGACUUUCUCUUAGCA